AUGUAUAGAGGAGAAGAAGGAACUAAUGAUUCAACAAGCAGCUAUGAAAUUUUAAAGGAAAUGGAACACGUCAGGUCUCAUGACAUCGAUCCAAGAUUGACUUACGCUGAGUUGAUGGACAAGUUUUCAAGGAGCAUAGUUUCCGCAAAAAGUAGAACAUUAAAACUACCUAGCUAUGCCGGAAAAGGCAACGCUUUUGCCAUAGAAGUAGCGGCAACGCAUCCUGACCAUACAAGCAGUAUACAUUAUGUAUUGGAAUCAGUUUUUGAAUGCUUUCCCGAUCGGGAGUAUUGCGUUUUGAGUACACCAACCGAAACUCCAAUGGAGCAUUGGAUAAAUUCCAGUUUUUGCAGAGCGACUCCUCGGCCAGGUAGCAGAUUUCCCAAUAGCCUUUACAUUUGCCACAAAAGUUCACUUUUAGGUUGCUUAGAAUGCAAAGUUGCAUCAAAAGAACACCUAACGGAAGUCUACAAUUUAUUAAGCACCAUUCCAACACGCGCAAUAGUACUGUCGCACUUUGAGAUUUCCAUGGAAUUUGAGAAAAGUCCUUAUCAGUGUUUUGUGUUUCUUUGCGAAGGACAAAUAAUUGGCACUGCAGUUGUUUCAGAAGAAUUUGAUAUCGAUUAUAUUGAUGCCCAGUAUGAUAUCAGUAUCUGGGUGCCGUUACACUGCUACAAAAGUGGUUCUUAUGGUGUUAUCGAAAGUUUGAUUAUUUCUCCGAUUUAUCAUGCACAUGGACGAUUUUUCAAAAAAGAAUUGCAUAGGUUGAGCGAUUAUGACGUCUUGUUCUACAAACACAGAGCCUCCGACAGGGGUACUUACAAAGAACGACCUGUUUCCAGUCUUUUGCAUUGGCUGCAACCUGUUUCACCACGUAAAAUGCCCGAGUACGAUUUCAAGAUGCUUAGUUCCGAAGGUUAUGAAACGACCGAUGCCCUAACACGAAGAGAUCAUUACGCACUCUAUUUAAGUACGAUCUGUUCGAGUAGCAACGAAAAAAUAGUCAUCAAUUCCAGAAUAGUUGUGGUGGGUGGCAGUAAUACUGCUCAUGCCUUUUUAGAGUCAUUACUUUUGAAUCAUAAGAACCCAAAUUUCAAGAUUAACUUCAAUAAUGUCGCUAUAGUAUCUCCUGAUGGAAUUAACAAAAAAAUACCCAGAAAGGUCAAUGAAAUAUUCAUCGUCCAAAAAAAUUUCAUGAGCGAAAAAUACAUGGAAAGCAUCAACCUAAAAGCCUACGUGAACGUCGUUAUAGGCAACAUUACAACAAUAGAUAGAAGACAAAAAUUGAUUAUUGUGAACGAUCAUAAAAUGCUCAGAUACGAUCUUCUGUUUUUGAUGACCGGAGAAAAGUUCCAGAAACCUUUACAAAGCUAUCGAUUGCCAUUUCAGGAAAAUCCGAUGAAUAUGUUUUUGGUUAAUUGUGCAGUGGAUGCAUACAACGCGAUAAAAGCGUUAAAGGAAUUGCAAAAGGAUAUGAACGUGAAUGAGGAUAAUAUUAUUGUAUAUGGACACUUUUUGCAAGUAUACAGCUGUUUGGCAGGACUUUUGGAAUAUGGAAUACCAGGUAACAAGAUAGUGCUAAUAGAACCGUUUCCUUAUAGUAUGAAUAUUGACAAGAAGAAGCGUCAUAAUAUAUCGGUUUUCAACGAUCCUGAUAUUUAUCACAGUACUAUGGAAUAUAUCAAGCAGCAAGGUAUCCGAAUGUAUUCGUCAUAUUAUUUUAUAAAUUGGGAAUAUUGGGAAGAAGAGAAUCGUAUUUUGAGCGUGAGAUUCGAAUCGAAACACAAAAUGUUGGAAAUGAGUUGCCAGGCUAUAUUUUUCUUUUACGAUAAGACUAUAAGUCCGAAAAUUUAUCAAGUGGUUAGUCAAUGUGGAUUAGUGUUUGAUGGCCGUUUAGUGAUCGACAGUAAUUGCAAAACAAACGACGACCGAAUAUACGCAGCAGGAACGCUAACAAAGUACUCCAGGAAAUAUUACGCACAAAACUUGGUUCAUAAAUUUUUCAAUAGAGUUGAAAUUGGUACUAAAUUGGGUGAGCGAAUUCGAAAUUUGUUGGUACCAGGUUUUGUCAAAAAAACGGAUCCUAAAACGCAUGAUUUUAAUUUCCAUUUGGAGAUAAGGGAUCGAUUGGUAACUAAAUAUGAAAAGCCUAUAAUGCGAUAUUGUCGAUUACCAGGAGAGUUGUAUUAUUUAUCCAUUGUUAAACCUGGUAGAAGGAUACCGUUGGAAAGUGCUAGCUCUAUGGAGAACUAUGGCCAAGUCUUCAUCACAGGUAGUUGCCGAAAUUUGGAUCAUCAAGGAUUUUUCAAAAUUCACUUCAACGAGUUUAACAAGGUGGAAACGAUAACGUGCUUGACGAAAUUUCCAAUAGACAUUAAAAAUAUCCACUGCCUCUGGGGAAAACACGAAAAACUAUUGAAUAAUCUACAAUUGCGCUUUGAAAUGAUGCUGAUAACGGACUUUUUCGAAUACUUCAAACAGCCAUGGGCGUACGCAAUCUAUCACGAUCGAUUCGAGAUUUUAUUUUGGAGGAUUUGA